AUGUUAGUCCCCCUCACUAUUAGGUGCAUCAAUGUGAAUGGGAUCAAUAAGCAAAAGAAACUCAAUGACCUUCGUGGAUGGCACGCCAAACGCGGCCCAAAAGCAGACAUCCUUGUUCUCAUAGACACUAGCCAUAUUCGGAUUGCCCGUGCAGUCAACCCCACGGACGAGGGCCUCGGUGAGCAGCUGCGCGCCGCAUCCCAACAGUUUGACAAGUACGAGGCUUUUCGCGCCGCAGAUAUAGCCCUCAAAGCGAAGCUGAAAGUCGAAGGCCUCCGCGAAAUGGGAGUCUCCUCAUUGCUGGUCGGGAUUAACUCUCGUAUCAAAGCCUCGCUGGUCACGUCCCUUCAAUCCCCCUCAGGCGAGCUCGUCUCGGACCUCCCCACGAUGAGCACCUUAUGCACCACCUUCUUCCAAGACCUAUACAGUGCCUCGCACCUCGUUCGAUACGACGAGAAUUUCUGGUCGCAUGUCCCCCCCUCCCAGCUCCCCCCUCACACUUCCUCCCGACUCGCGCUACCCUUCUCUAUGGAGGAAAUCGCCUCUGCUAUCAGCAAGCUCCCGCGCUGUAAAACUCCAGGGCCGGACGGCCUGACAGGGGAACUCUUCCGCUCCUUCAAGACCAGCUUCACCCCAGCCAUCCACUCCCUGUUCCUUGCCUCCUCCUCCGCCCUCCCCCCCACGAUGCUGCAGGGUCGCACGGUGCUUAUCCCAAAAAAAGGGGAUUCCACCGUACUUGAUAACCUCCGCCCGAUCACCUUAAUGAAUUCCGACUAUAAAAUCCUUGCCAUUUGCCUCGCCUCCUGCCUCCAACCCUUACUCCCUUCCCUCAUUCACCACUCUCAAGCUGCGUUUAUCAAAUCCAGGAAAAUCGUUGAUACGCUUAAUGAUACUCUCGAUAUCUUCAACUGGGCCACCACACAAAAAUUCCCUUUGCUUGCCCUGACAGUUGACAUUCGCAAAGCAUAUGAUUUAGUCGAUCGAGAAUUCAUGCUCACCUGCCUCGCAACCCUCGGUCUGCCUCCCCCGUUCCUCCAUUGGGUUCGGCUUAUGCAUACCAAUACGACCACAAAAAUAUCCGUCAACAACUUCUGUGGGCCGGCCAUCCCUGUCCGCUCAGGUGUACGGCAAGGGUGUCCCCUCGCCCCCCUUCUCUUUCUUUGCGUUAUCGAAGUUUUCCAUCGCUAUGCUUCUCACUUCCUUCCCAGCUUCCCCAUCUCCUGCACCCAACGACGGCUAAUGUCGUGCUAUGCAGACGACGUGACAAUAUUCCUUAACUCUGACAAAAAGCUCCAGAAGGCCUCUCACGUUCUCCUUUCCUUUGCCGCGGUGUCAGGCGAAUACCCGAACCGGGCCAAAUGUGCCCUCAUUCCAUUCAACAUUCCCCCCUCGGCAAUCACAUAUGCCGGCGCCAUUCCCAUCCGCGGCGAGUCUGAAUUCGAGCGGAUCCUGGGCAUCUACGUCGGUCAAUCCGGCCGCUCCGACGUCACUUGGGAAAGAACCCAGACACAAAUCAAAAAGACCGCUAACUUCCUUGCCAAUUUACACGCUUCCUCCUCGUGCCGGAAAAACCUGUCAAAUAUCUUUCUGAACUCUGCCUUGACCUUCCCUGGCAGAUUUCAACCCCCCCCCCCCACCCCCUCCAUUCAAGCCAUCGACGCAGUCGUUGGGAACUUACUCUCGUCGUCCAAAUACCAAGCGGAAGGUCGUACUCACCGGCUCCUCGCUCAUAACACCAUAUACAACAGAGUCGAGCACGGCGGGCUCGGGGCAAUCCGUCCCACCACGCAAAUACUUGCGCUGAACGCUCAGCGUGCACUGCGUCGCUUCUCCCACCUUCCCAACGCAGCCGUCGCAAGGGAGCUCGUACCCAUCCCCUUCGGCCUCCACGGCUUCCUGCUUCACAAAGACUUCCUCGCGGCUCUCCCUGACGCCGUCCCGACCCGCCUACGACAAGAAGUCCGGAGUCUCACCUCGCUCUCCCUUAACGUGCUGCCCCCCCGCCCCGAGUUCUGGUGCAUCCUGGCCGAACUUGUCCCGUUCAACCCCCUCCUCUGCAAGGAGGACGGGCGACCCUUCGGACGGCUCAAAGACGAGGCCUUCCUCUUAACGGAAGAAGUCCGUAUUGGCCAUCUUGUGCGCCGCGACGCCACAGGUGCCCGCCGGAUGACUAAGGAGGAAAUCCUGCUCAAAUACCCCCCCCGCAACUACCCUUGCAGCCGCCGUAUCCUCCACGAAAUUUAUGAGGCGAUGCCGGACGAAUGGUUGGCGGCCCUAUCCUCCUCCCACAGCCGCGUGCCCCUGUCCUCUGGCGACUGGGUGAUAAUGGCGGCAGAUAUGCACUCCCUUCCUCGCCUCGCUUAUGAAGUCGCCUCCAUUAUCUCAACUGAUUCCUUCCAGGCCAGCGCCUACCCCAUCGACCCAGUAGGUAGAAUCUCGAAGGCGGCUGAGGCUCGUUGCCUCCUCCGCAUUCGAGAUACGGUGCAGGUGCUCGUGACAGAUCGGUGGCUCUGCGGUACCUUUUGCUCAGGAGCGGGACUAGCAGCGCGAUUGGAGAUUCUACACGAGGGCGCCCCUUCACUAGCGACGAUCAGGAGCCUGGCUUACACGCAACAGCCGCUUCCGCAUGCGCAACGAUGGAUUAACAUCCUUCCUGACCCAGGUCCCAGCCUCGUUCCUGACUACACGCACGACUUCCUAGCAGAACAACCCUCUUCGCAGCGUGACGUGCUAUUUCGGCUUUACGCUCGUGCGCUGCCCUCUGGUUCACGAUUCCUUUACACUGCCGAUAAGGGCAUAUGCGGGGGGUGCAACAGAGGAGUCAUUGAAGACCUGCCUCACCUCUUUUUCGAAUGCGGUGUUGCCCAACCCAUCACCGCGGCGCUUCAACGGACCGCCCGCCUUCACAUGGGAAUUUCCACUCCAGCGGCGUUGACCCUCUUCCCUAUGACCUCAGCUGCGGGCCGGGUCGCUCCCUGA